AGUCAGUUGUUACUCGAUUCUUGCCCAGUGCGGUAGUGUUUCCGAGCUAUUAGUGAUCCCAAACCGGUUUCUGUGCCAUAAUAUUGUUUUAUUUGGAAAUUUUCAAUUAAACUUAUAAAAUCUCAAAAUGAAAAUCGACCUGACCGUGGAAAAUGGCCCCUGCAAUACCGAGCUGCGGAGUUGGUGCCUGGGAAUCGCGAUCUACUGGCUAAUUAGCAUGACUUUCAGCGUUUUAGUCGCUCCGAACGUUCUCAACUUUGUGGGAUUUGCAAUCGUUGUGGUCACCAAUAUUUGUUUGUUGAUAGGAACCCUUAAGGAAAAGCGAGUUCUAGUCAUCGUGUGGCUGAUUUUUGCUGUCAUCGAAGCCAUUAACUUUCCGUUUGCCGUACUUGGAGUUAUCUUUCAUUAUGGAGGAUACAGGGAGGCAACUGGAAUGAAUAACAUUUUCGGUGCCCUUCUCAUUUACAUCAUAACAUUCUUAAUUAUCGCCUUCAGCGCACGAAUUGUUUACUCCUUCUAUCUCCAGUUGAAGAACAACGAAGCCAGCAAACCACCCCGUGCCCUGAAUGUGGUUUAGUCCGUUGAAUCUAGAUUAUUUAUCGGCGAAAUCCCGAACUCUUCUCAGCUUAGCGUUUGCAAUAAAAGGCGAUUUUUUUUUUUGAUUGCA